AUGAACACUCAUCGGGUCGCUGAUACUUCUGAUCAACUUCUAGUCGAUGCGACACCUUUAGAUAAGCUUGAGGACAAUGAACAGCUCACUGAGACGUAUAGAAAGCGUGAAUACGACGAAGAAGAUGACGACAAGGACGUGCAAAAACGUCGUGCAGUGAUCAAACAGUCGCGACGCCACAACUGGCAGCCCAAGUACGCGAUGGAGUUUGGUCUGCUCGCCAUCGAGAGAGACGCGGUAUCUGGAGACGUACUACUGGCCAUGUGUGGAUUUUGCAAGGCCUAUGGACGUGAGGGAAAGUAUGAUCAGCUGGUGCGACAGGACCAGGAGGCGGGCAUCGAGUCGAAGAAGAGACGUAGACGAUCGCUGACCACCACUAAAUUUUUUCGAGCGUUCCGUGUUGACAAUAUCCGAAGCCAUUUGCAGGGAGCUCAUCCACGACGAUGGGCAGAAUACGAGGUGCUACCGAAGCAAGAGACGGUCAGGGCACGCUAUCUGCAGCUACAAGGAGAGCUGCCAACUUAUGACCAUCUCCCAAUGGUGGACGACGUGGUACUUGGGGGAUCAGCGCUGAAUGCCGAGCCGGACAUGAAUUAUGCUCAGCCACAGUCCUUGUCACAAGCUUCGGUAGUUAAUGAGACACAACAUGCUGCGGUGCAAGCUGUGGCACAAGUCGCAACAGCUCAGGCAGCGCAGACGUCGACUGGAGUGAACGGAGCAAGUCACAGCACGACACAGCUGACGGCAUCUUUGAAUUACAAUGCUUCAGGUGCACCAUCAACGGCCGCUUCAGCUUCUUUUAACACACGGGGUACGUUCGAUUACGAGAAGCAUUUAACGGAACAAAUUGCGUUGGAUCGUGAGAGGCUGGAGUUUGAGAAGAUACGAUUUAAGAAGGAGGUUGAGCUUCGCGAGCGUGACUUGGCACUUCGAGAGAAACACAUGGAGCAGACAAUUAUACUUCAAGAAAAGCUGUGCGACGCGAAUCGCGAAAGCGCACAACUUGAGAGCGCCAAAUUCUAUCGUCUAGCCGAAGUGUUGCGUGACGCGAUCUCCGGAGCGCAAAGUUCAUCGGAGACGGCAUCCGUCGUGUGA